CCAUCAGCGUCUCUAGCCGAGGUCAAUGGUCAGCAGAAGCCCAACCGUCGCCGCCGCCUCCGCUGCUCGCUGCUGAUCCCACCGAUGGCCAUGACGAAGAGCGAGCCUUUCUACCUGAACAUUGUGGUUGUCGACAGCAGCGCCGCGGUCACCUCUCAAGUGCAGGGGAAGCUCGGGUCGGGGUUCUUCGGAAAGGCCGCCAGCACGAUGGCCAAGAAGGUCGUGACGGAGUCCAAGAUCGCGACCAAGGUGGCGGCGCAGCUCGUGGAGAAAAUCCCCGCUGUGCUCGCCGAGAAGGGCAUCACGCUGGAGUGCAAGGCGCGCUACCAGUUCGGCAGCUUCAUCGUGCUGCGCGCCCAGGUGACCGAGGUCACACCUGUACAGCUCGUGACCCUCGCCAAAGGCGACGCCUUCGGCCAGAAGUUUGGGCAGAUGCUCGAAAGUUUCGAGGCGCUCGAGCUGGCCGAGGCCCUCGACACCGUGCAGGCGAAGGUGAGGGACAAGGUGAACAUUGCGCUCAUCGAGAAAUUGACGGAGAUCCUGCCCGCGAAGUUGCAGGAGCAGGGUAUCCAGACCACCAUCUCCGCCAAGCCCACUCACGAGCAGGCGGAGUUUUUCUUCGAUUUCAUCGAGCGCAUGCAGGGAGGCGAGGCUGGCGGCGAUUCAUGA